AUAGAGCUCACACCUAUCCCAGAAGUUCCCGAACUCUCAGAUGAAGUUAAUGAUUUUCUAGGUAAAUUUAUUGGAAAGACUAACUUAAAGGAAAUACGACAACUAAUAAAGGAAUCAAGUUUCGGUAUUGAUUAUGAUUGUGAAAAGCAUCACGAUAUGGACUACAUAUGCCUGGCUUUAUAUGCAUUAAUUAGAGAAAUUGAGAGUGGAAAAAUCACGGAGGCAAAUCUAGAAAACUGGUUUAAUUGUCACGUAUGGUGUAUUGUCUUUGAUCACGCAUUCGAAAAUAUAAAGACCAUAUCUGUUGUCAGAGGUGAAAGCACGAGUAUAUCGACAGCCACUCGAAAAAAUAAAAAGACGAAAAGGAAAUUAGGGGACCGUCGAAAAACAGGUCGUAGAGGAGACUGGAUCCUCAGGACUGUCGGAAAUGGUAGUAGGAAUGAAUUUGGGGCGGGGGAGGCGGAAGGAGGGCUGAAACUUCCAAAAACACUUAAAGACAUGCUAUUUAACUUAAUGGAGAAAAUAGCUUGGAACGAAGAAGCACGCAGAAAAAUACACCGCCUUAUGAUGACAAUAGCGUAUCUCGAUAACCCUAUGGGUUACGUCUGCAGAUUGCGACGUAGUGAUUUGAUGGAGGUGCCCGAU